GGAAACUAUGCCGAGCGAGUCGGAGCUGGUGCCCCAGUCUACUUAGCCGCUGUUUUGGAAUAUUUGGCUGCUGAAGUUCUCGAGUUGGCUGGUAACGCUGCCCGUGACAACAAGAAAUCCAGAAUCAUUCCAAGACAUUUACAGUUGGCUAUCCGAAAUGACGAGGAAUUGAACAAGCUGUUGUCCGGAGUAACCAUCGCUC